AUGAUCGACCCGGAACAGACAUUCAUGAGAAUCUCGGAGUGUGAUCAUGAGUACGACUACCUCGGCGAUGAAGACCACCGCAAGAAAUAUGCAGGAAUGGUCACAAUGACUUUGCUUUUAUCAGAUCGCCGCCGUGAGAUUUUUGUCACGGCUCCAGCAGAGUUUCUCACGGAUGAAGCGAAUGCGAAAAACGUAUUCUUGAAAAAGCUAUACAAACUUCUUCCAAGCCUCUCAGCCGAAGCUAUCAUGCUCCGUAUGGACGCUGACGGUCUGUUGGAAGAGGUCACUUCAAACCUAGCAGCAGUAGACUCCCUAAGAGAAACAAGCGAUAUAAAGACACUUGCAGAUAUGCCAAAGCCACUCCUUUCCGAUACUCCGUUUUCUAGCUGGCCUACACUUCGGCAUACGCAAUUGAUCGAAUUGGACCGGUUCACGCCCAAUGUUGACCUUGUGAAGCUAAAAGCUGAUCAGCCCGAUGCUCCUUUGGUCGUUAAAUACAUACUUGAGGAUUAUCAAAUGAGAUGGAUCUGGCAUGAGAUGAAUGUGCUGAAGACGAUUCAGCCUCACCCCUCUAUAGUCCCCCUUGACCGUGUUGUAUUAGAUGACAAGAGUCACAUCAUUGGCAUGACCACCAAGUUCAUCAAAGGAGGCAGUGUUUUGUCGAAGAAAGAUCGGACAUUUAAGCUCAAGUGGCUUAAGCAGCUUACCGAGGUUCUGGAUUUUCUUCACCUUGACCAAGGAAUCGUACAUACCGACCUUAAGCUGGACAACAUGUUAAUCGACGAAGAUUCUGAUAGACUUUUACUAUGCGACUUCGAGAGAGCGCGGGCGAUUUCAGGGAACGGGAUGGAAGAUGAUUUGUUUCUCGUUGUUUGGAAUUUAUACUCAGUAGUCACGCAAGACUACGAGGCUUUAAACAAAAGAUUUUGGGACACAUGGUUGGAGGGUGAAGUUGACUAUGAUUCCGAGGUACUUGAACGAAUGCCCACUUGGCCAGUCAAGGCAAAGCUGGAUUGCGACUUGACGGAAUUUCGAGAGUACCUCGAUGGAUGGCUCAAAAAGCGCAGAGAAACCUUGGACAGUACUAAAGCGAAGAACCAAAUUCUUAUGGAGUGGGAAGAUGAACAUUAUGUUCCACGGAUGCCGCAUCUCGUGCAUAUCCCGUUGGAUCCUGCUAUGACUCAAGACCGUUGCUUGUCAAAAGGAAUCAACAUUGCCUGGGAAAGGCCGCCUUACGAGGUGGCGUACCCAGAUAGAGUACCUAAAAAGGAGAAAACCGAGUCAAAGCUCUCCUACUUAGAACAGAUAAAGAUAGUACCCCAGGUGAAUACAACUAGCGAAGUCGAAGCGUCUAAUGUCCCUGUUGAGCAAGAACAGGAUAAGAAGAGGAAGAUAUCAAGCUCAGUAGAGGAUGAGCCAUUUACAAAGAAGUCGAAGACUUCGAAGAUUGAAGGUGGAGAUAAGAAGAAGGAAGGCAAAGAAAAAGGCAAAGGCAAAGGCAAAGGCAAAGGGAAGGGGAAGGGGAAGGGAAAGGGAAAGGGGAAGGAGAAAUAG